UAAGAAUCAGCAUAAGAAUCAGCAUUACCUCUUGGUCAUGAUCAACUCAUAUGCCGAUGAUGGAAAAGGCAAUACAGGACAUAAGGAUAUUCACGAUAUUCAUCUGAAUACACAGUUGAAUUUGCUACCCAUGAUAUGGGAUCAGAAUACCAAUAACCAUGAAAACCAAAACCAGACAUCACAAACUGUUAGCGAGUACAGGGGAAAUAUACUAGAUAAAGGUCUAGAUUUGAAUAGUAAUGGACAAUAUCCCCAACUAGUUUUAAAGGCCAUAAAUCCUCGUCCGCAGUAUGUGCCCCCAUUGAACUUUUCUUUGGUUGAAGGAAGCAUCUAUAGAUCAGGUUUCCCAAUGCCUAUAAAUUACCCAUUUUUAAAGCAAUUAAGACUCAAAACGAUUAUAUAUUUGGGGGACUUGGGCCUAGAGAAAAAAUCUAAGAAAGAUAAAAAGAAGAAUAAAGAUAAAGAGGGAGAAAAGGAAGAAGACAAGGAAAAGGGCAAAGAUGAUAAAGAAUCUGAGGGUAAUGAUGAGUCUAAGGAGAAAAAGAAGAAGGAUAAGCAUGGAACAAUGGAGAUCAUGGAGGGAUAUAAAAAUUGGCUUUCGACUACUGAUAUAACUUUCCAUCAUUUAGAAAUGGGAUCCUCACAAGAACCAUUUUUACUGCAAGAACAACAUGAGAUCACUCAGAAAUCAUUAACAACCGCAUUAGAGUUAAUGCUUGAUAAACGGAAUUUUCCAAUUCUCAUUCAUUCAAAUAAAGGGAAACACAGAAUUGGUGUUUUGGUUGGAUUAAUGAGAAAGAUUUUACAAGGUUGGUGUAUGAGUGGUAUAUUUGAAGAGUAUGAGAAAUUUGCUAUGGGCAAAUCUGAGUUUGAUUUGGAGUUUAUUGAAAUUUGGCAACCUGAGCUUUUAAUUGAUGAGAAUAACUUACCAAAUUUCGUACGGACUGCUUGAAUAGGGGAGUUUUUUUU